CUGACGCGCAAAACGAAUAUCACAUCGACCUCUGUGCAUUGACUUCCAGAAUAGCCAUCCAAAAUGUCGGCAAGGAGGAAAAGCGCUCGCAAAAGCGGCGUGGGCGCAUCUGCAAUUCAUCCGCCCUCAACCACCGACUCGCUCAACUUGGCUGCCCCCGAACAAUCACCUUCACAAGUACGACAACCACGAAUCACGCCCCGAAACUCACUCACCGAAGAUGCCGAAGCUGCAAAGCCAAAAGAAACACCCUACACUACGCUGCGGCAGCUGUCCAAUAUCAUACCAAGACCAACAACUCCAAUUCGUCGUGCUUCAAGCGCCGGCCCUCCAUCCACCCAUAGAACGGCGCGUCGCACACCGGGGGCGCAGAACAUAACACCUGGAGGGUACGGACCUGGCUCUACGCGGCGACCAACGGCUGCUACUCCCCAUGGCCGCGCUGCUGCACGGGAGAUUGAGAUGCGGCGAGCGGCCGCCCUCACGCCGGGCAAGGAUAGGAGGAGAAGUGGGCUUCAGAAGCGAGAGACACCCCGUGAUUUAUUGAGGCAACUGAGUAAGAGGCUGGCUCCGGGCACAAUUCCAGUCGCUGCGUUACCUGAAAUGCAAGAAGCUGAGGGGCCGAGGUUGCCGUUCACGAGGUUGAAUGAUGUGGAUGAUGAGCCAGCGCCGACGAGACCAAGGCUUUCGAUGGCCAUUGGAGACGACGAGGAUGAUAGCCUUUUACUGCCGCCACAUUCCGAUGCGUUGCUCGACGAUGAUAAUAUGACGAUGCGGUCUGUUGAGCUUCCACGAAGGGCAGUCAGUGAGCAAGCUGGUGGUCGAUUGUCACGUGGAAGCUUUGGAAGUAUCAGAUAUAGCGAUCAAUUCGAUCGAACUAUGGGUGAUCCGGAGAGAUUCGACUCAAGCUUCAUCCAGGGAAACUUUGAUGAUGAUGGGCCCUUCUUACAAGAUGAUCCUAGUAUCUUGGACGAGAGAACCGGUACUUUGGACCUGAGAGGGGCAUUCGCGGCGGGUAGGUCAAGCGAUGUGCGUGGACCGUUUGAGGACGACGAACAUGAAGCAACCUUUGCAUUUGCGGUGCCGCCGAGAAGGGAAGAUAUGGCGACAAGUGCACAGGCUGCAAAUGUUGGCGUGCCGAGACGAAGUAUAGGUCCGCUUGAAGGGACUGAAGUAGAAGAGGAGGAAGAAGUCCAAUCAGAACCAGAGGAGGUGGAAGAAGACAACGAACUUGAGCGGGAGCUCGAGCUCGAGCUCGAGGUUGAGGAUGAAGAUGAAGAUUUAGAGGAUUUGGAUAUCGAUCAAUUAGAACCGACUGUUGAUAUGACUAUGACUGAUACGGUUAUGACGGAUAUCCAAUUAUCAGCGCAAGAAGUGCGGAAGCCGAAGGCCAAGAAGACAAUCAGGGUGUCAAAGCAUGGUAUACAGUACUCAUCGUUACCUGCUGGAGUUGUCAAGAAGCUCGCUACUACGUUUGCGAGAACGGGCGGGAGUGGCAGCGGAAAGAUAAGCAAGGAUGCACUGGCAGCUAUAAUGCAAGCGACGGAUUGGUUCUUCGAGCAGGUUAGCGAUGACCUUGGAGCGUAUGCUGCCCAUGCAGGCCGAAAGACAAUUGAUGAGAAUGAUGUUAUGGCACUUAUGAAAAGACAGCGCCAGACAAAUGCUAUCACCACCCCAUUUGCGCUUGCGCAGAAGCAUUUGCCGCGAGAACUUCUCCAAGAUUUCCGGAUGGUGCCUCCAACCAAGCUGAGAGGGGGUAAAAAGCUUAAAAGUACAGAGGAGGAAUAGAAACGCCAAUUGAUGACAAUUCUUAUGACAUACAACGGCCAGUGAAUGCCUUUACGACCAGUCUUUAUUCUGCCUCACUUUACGAGCAACAUCGGUCGGAGGCUUCUUGAUGACCAUCCAGAGCAUUAUCGAUGUUGCAGCGGCAAGCGCAUACCUAGUAUCCGUUAGCAUGAAGGAAUUAAUAGGAGGAUAAGGGGUAAUACCAUGUAAAUAUAUACUGAGCAUGAUUAUUCCUCAAAUUGACCUCAGGUGCUCUGCCAAUGGGAAUACCACGAG